UGGAGCCCGUAUAGCUGCGGGGGAGGGUCGUGGCGCUUUCCCUCGCGACCGUCACUUCUGCCGAUAGCAGGCUCCUUGGAGAGGACACUAGGAUGCGCCACAAGCAGAGAAUGGAGUCAGUGACCUUUGAUGAUGUGGCUGUGAACUUCACCCUAGGAGAAUGGGCUUUAUUGGAUUCUAGUCAAAAGAAGCUCUACAGAGAUGUGAUGACAGAAACCUUUAUGAACCUGAUCUCCAUAGGUAAAACAAAGGAAAAAGAAAAUAUUGAAGACAACUACCAAAAUCUCAGGAAAAAUGUGAGAACUCAGGUGGUUGAGAGAAACUGUGACUAUGGAGAUGGUGGUCAGUGUGGAGAAACCCAGCACCAGAUUCCAGAGCAUAUUGUUCAAAGAGACAUGCUUCCUGAAGUAACAAUAUAUAAAAAUGGUGUGCUUGCAAGAGACAUCAUUGUUCAUUCAUCCUCACAUGUACACCCCAGCUAUGAAAUGACAGAGAAACCCUAUGGGUCUCAGGAACAAGUGGAGAAAACUUUUACACAUGAGAAAUGUUGGAAAGAUUUGACUUAUUCUGAGUCCUUUCAGGUAAAUCAAAGUCUUCCUAGAGAGACAGCCUAUCAAAAUAAGCAAUCUAAUGAAGUCUGUAGGAGUCUCAAUUCUGAUCAGUGUUGUGAGAGAAUUCACACUGGAGAUAAACUCCAUGAAUGGAAGCAAGUUGAGAAAGCCUUCUGGAGGUACAGUUAUGGUCAAAUAUAUGAAAAAAUCACCAUUGGAGAGAAAUCGUUUAUGUGUAAACAGUAUGACAAAGCCUUGGUUAAUUCCAGUCACCUUAUUAAACAUGAAAUAAUUCAUCCUGAAGAGAAGUGUUAUACAUGUAAGCAAUGUGGGAAAGCAUUCAGAUAUUCCUCAUCCCUCCAGAACCAUGAAAGAAUUCAUAGUGGGGAGAGGCCAUAUGUAUGUAAGCAAUGUGGAAAAGCCUUCAUUCGUUCCUAUGACCUUCUCAUCCAUGAAAGAAUUCACAGUGGAGAAAAACCUUAUACUUGUGAGCAUUGUGGAAAAUCUUUCACUCAUUAUAGUGGCUGGUACAGUCAUGAAAGGAUUCACACUAGAGAGAAACCCUAUGUUUGCACACAGUGUGGGAAAGCGUUUUCAUGUUCUACAUCAUUUCGGAGGCAUGAAAGAAUUCACACUGGCGAGAAACCAUAUAUAUGUAAGCAUUGUGGAAAAGCCUUUACCCAUUCAAGUGCUCGUUACAUUCAUGAGAGAAUUCACACCGGAGAGAAACCCUAUGUUUGCAAGCACUGUGGGAAGGCAUUUCUUCGUGCCAGUCAUCUUAACAACCAUGAAAGAAUUCACACUGGGGAGAAACCCUAUGUUUGUAAGCAUUGUGGGAAAGCCUUCAUCCAACGUGAUGCUUGUUAUAAUCAUGAAAGAAUUCACACUGGAGAGAAACCAUAUGUAUGUAAGGAAUGUGGGAAAGCAUUUAGGAUUUCCACAUCCCUUCGUGACCAUGAAAGAAUUCAUACUGGAGAAAAACCUUAUGUAUGUAAUUAUUGUGGGAAAGCAUUUAGGGUUUCCACUUGCCUUCACAAACAUGAAAGAGCUCACGUGGAAAAGAAACCCAGUGGGUAGGACUUAAAACCAUAUACAUCAUGUGGAAUUGUCUUUGGUCAACUUGCUGUUAUUGUGGGGUAUGAAAAAAAAAAUGGUGUGGAGGGCCAGUGAGAUGGCUCAGGGGUAAAAGCACUUGCCACCAAGCUUGGUAAACUGAGUUGGGUUCUCAGAACCCAUGUGAAGAGAGAGAACUGAGUCCCCAAAUUUUUCCUCUGACUUGCACACAUGCCAUCAUUUGCAUACACAAUCUCCCACACAUGUAUAAAUAAAGGGGAUAUUUUAAAAUACCUUUUUUUUUUUUUUUGAGACAGGAUUUCUCUCUAGCCCUGGCUAUCCUGUAACUUGCUAUAUAGACCAGGCUGGCCUCAGACUCGGAGAUACACCUGCCUCUUCCUCCUGAGUACUGGAAUUAAAGGUGUGCACCACCACAGCCCAGCUUUAAAAUACAUUUUCACGAUUUUUUUAAAUUUUUAAUUAUGUGUAGGUGUGUGGGUAUGUGCAUGUGAAGGUUAGUGUGUACAGAGGCCAGAGGUGUCAGAUUCCCUUGGAGCUGGAGUGACAGGUGGUUGUGGGCUACCCAGUGUGAGUGCUGGAAAUCCCAUAAGUAUAAUAUUUUUAUAAAAGGCUGGAAAGAGCUGGAAUAGGAGGCCUGACCGUGUAAAUUCAGACACGUCCAAAAUGUGACAUUAGAUGAAAACCAUUUCUGCCAAAUGUGCUAAGGCACAUUUUUUUUAAAUACUAUGUUUUACAUAGAUUAUAAUUUAUGAAGAUUACAUUUUUGUAGGUAUAUGUACUUGUGUGCACACACGCUAGAGUGCACAUGUGGAAGUGGACAGCCUUUAGGAGUCUCUUCUGCUGUUCCCACUAUGUAGGUCCUAAGAAGGAACUCAGGUCGUCUGAGUUCAAAACAAGAACCUUAACCUGUGAACAGUCUUGCUGGCCCUGGUGCAUGCCUUUUACUCACUAGGGAAGUAGAGGCUAGAGAGUUACAACAUCGAAUACAGUUAGGAACCCUUUCCAACUGAAUGAAAAAUUCAACACUAAAAGUAUAAGCUGUAUGUUGUCUCAAAUAAAGUGAAAGGGAAUUUUCUUCUGUAUGUUGUAAAAGUAAGAAAUUUGAACACUCUGAGCAAUUGUAUUCUUUUGAAAGUGUGAUUUUGUGGAAUUUGUGGAAAAUAUUGACAUGAUUUUGCCUGUCAUCUAUCUUUGGAAAAACUGAGGCUGUCAAAAUACUGUCUUGAAGAACAACAAUAGCAACAGUAUAAACUAUAUGUAUUGAUGUCUUUUAGUUUGAUAAAUCAAGUUUUGUAUUGAAAUAAGAUCUUUGCGUGAAAAAGGACUUUUAAACAUGGAUGUUUUUCUCUUUUAUAUUGGAUCUGUAGUGGACAUGUUGUUUGGGGGUGACCCCAAAGCGUCUUGGAUUUUUUUCUAAGAAAUGGUCAUGAAAAUGAUUGUUUUAAAGACUACUAUGAAGUUGAAGCCUUCUUUCUGUGGUCUGAUACAAUCAGUGGUAGGCAUGUAACCCAACCUUAGCCUCAUUGUACUCUGUGUUCUGGAACUUUGGACCAAAAAGUCAUGCAGAUGCACACAUCUGGCAUUUGCUAUUCCCACUGCUGUGCCCAGACAGAGUGAUGAAAUGGGUGUCAUAGUUGAGGUGCCUUGCAUAAAUCUUCCAUCGUCAGGUCAAUUCUCCAGCCUCCUGAAGAUUCUGUGAGUCCCUAAAAUCCUUCCAAUAAAGCUUUUUGUUAAAUUAAAUUUUAAAAAAAAGAAAGAAAGAAGUAAGGUCUUGUUUUGUAGACCAGGCUGGCUUCUGCCUCACUGAGAUUGCCUCUGCUUUCCAAGAGAUGAUAUUAAAGGUGUGUGCCACCAAGUCACCAUCAAUUUUAUUUUAAUGGGCAUUUUCUGAAAAUCAAGUGAGGUGAUACCUUUUUCCAUUUCAUGUGAAUCUGUGUUUGAUUCAUGAAGUUGAAGUACCUUUGUGAGAGUCCAGGAGACUUAAUUUAUAUGUAGUUUUUGAAUAAUGUAGUUCAUUUGAAAUUAAAAAUAGGCUGCUUGUUAAUUGUUAGUGUUUCCAAUUGUCAUUACAUGGGAGGUUAUGUUUUUCUUAUUAUUCAUUGGCAGUUUCCUUAACAUUUAUAUGUACACUUGGAUUUUCUAAUAGUAAAGUUUCUUACAUAGAUUUUGUAGUUUUUACUUUAAAAUAUAUAUUUUCUUCAAGUAAGAUUUUUUUUGGUGGGGGGGAAUGGCUUUGUGAGUAAAGGCAUUUCCCAUAAAGCCUGAGGAUCUGGGUUGGAUUCUUAGAACCCACAAAACAACAUGUGAUACUCAUUUGUUUGGAUAAAUUCUCAUUGGUCCUACAUAUGUAGCUCAAAGUUUACACCACAUUUGAACAGGAUAAUCAGGAAUCUGUAGAAAGGCCCAAGAUAAGGAGUAUGGGAAAUACUUAAUUUUUUUCCUAAUGCUCUCUAAACUUUUACUUUAUUAAAAUACAAUUACAUCACUACUCCUUCAAUAUUCCCCCCAACUCCCACCCAAAUUCCCUGUUAUUUCACUGCUGUUAACAGGUACAUAUAAAUGGAUAAAUAAAUGAAUACAAUCUGCCGA